AGGGCUGGGCCGGGCGUCCGGGCCGGAAGCGCACCGGUCCCGGCGGGGCGGCCGCGGACAUGUGCAGGAUGUCGUUCAAGAAGGAAACCCCACUUGCCAACGCGGCGUUCUGGGCAGCGAGGAGGGGCAACUUGGCUCUGCUCAGGCUGCUGCUGAACAGUGGCCGAGUGGACGUGGACUGCAGGGACAGUAAUGGCACAACACUCCUCAUGAUCGCCUCCUAUGCUGGCCACAUAGGCUGUGUGAGAGAGCUCGUCCUGCAGGGAGCUGACAUCAAUCUCCAGAGAGAGUCAGGUACAACUGCCCUGUUCUUUGCUGCUCAACAAGGACAUAAUGAUGUUGUGAGAUUUCUCUUUGAAUUUGGAGCAUCCACUGAAUUUAGGACCAAAGACGGGGGCACUGCCCUGCUGGCCGCCAGUCAGUAUGGGCACAUGAAGGUGGUGGAGACCUUGCUGAAGCACGGAGCCAACAUCCAUGACCAACUUUAUGAUGGCGCCACCGCGCUCUUCCUAGCUGCCCAAGGUGGUUAUUUGGAUGUGAUUCGAUUACUGUUGUCCUCAGGAGCAAAGGUCAACCAGCCGAGGCAGGACGGCACGGCGCCGCUGUGGAUCGCGUCGCAGAUGGGCCACAGCGAGGUGGUACGCGUGAUGCUGCUGCGCGGAGCCGACCGCGACGCCGCCCGCCAUGAUGGUACAACAGCAUUACUGAAAGCAGCCAACAAAGGGUAUAAUGAUGUUAUAAAAGAGUUGCUGAAAUUCUCACCCACCCUCGGUAUUUUGAAGAAUGGGACCUCGGCACUCCACGUGGCAGUGCUCAGCGGAAAUAUUAAGGCAGUUGCGCUGCUCCUGGAAGCAGGCGCAGACCCAGCCCUAAGAAACAAGGCCAAUGAACUUCCGGCAGAACUAACCAAAAAUGAACGUAUAUUGCGUCUCCUCCGAAGUAAAGAAGGACACAGGAAGAGCUAA